AUGAAUAACUUCAGAAUAAAGAGGGACAAUAAAAAUAUUUUAGCUUUCUCAAAGAAAUAUGCACUUAAGGAUAUACCUAAUGUUUUAAAGAGCAAAGCUGAACCUAUUAAUUCUGCAAGAAUAAUAACUAAGUACAAAAAGAAGGUGAAAGUGCCCUUCUCUCCUCAGAAUUCAGGGUGGACAAAAUAACUCUGCAAGGCCGCAGACUAGGAAGUCAGGUCAAUUUGAGAUUGAGAAUUCUCCAGCUCUUCAAAGAUCUGGUCAGAGACUCAAAAGUGUUCAAGGAAGUCGCAGGGCAAAGGUAUUUCAUAGCCCUAGGAUAAGCUCACUUGUUAAGAACGACCAGGAAUUAUCGUUUAUUAAGCCAAAGAAUGGGAGAAAUAGUCAAGCUUGGUCUAAUUUGAUCAUUAAGAAGUCGCCUUCUCUUAAAAUAAAAAAUCAGGAGAGAUGAAGAGAUGAUAUUAUCCCAACGACUAAUAUUAUCUCGAAUGAAUAUAAUUUUCCUUCAAGCCAAUACCUCAAGCGAGGAUCUCAGGUUAGCAAGAAUAUGCUCCAAAGCUCGGCAUGACAAAAAAUUUUCCCGUUUUACAGGAAGACUUCCAAAUAUGAAAAUCCUGGGAGGCUCCAAAAGUUGGCUAUCCCAAACUUGAAAAAUAAACAGCGUUUGAAAAUAAGGAAUUUCCUUCCAAGCAAGACAUCAUAUCCUGCUCAAGCUCAGAAUCCUAAGAUUAGGAGUAAGAGGAUGAAAUUUUCAGAUGCGAGGGUAAAUGCUUCAGAGAUUCCAGAAGAUCCUAUUCAGAGAGUUCCUCAGACCCCUUAUCUAGCAGGUACCUCCAACUUUGCAGUAAAGCCGAUGCGUGAAGAGGGAGAAGAUGAGGUAUCCCUCAACAUGUUCUUCUACCAAAGACUCAGUUGCUAAUUUUUCAACCUUUCAGGCCUGAAAAGGGGCCUUACAGAUUUCCAUCUAGAAG